AUGCAAGAGCAGCAGCUACAACAACAACAGCAACAACAGCAACAACAACAACAACAACAACAACAGCAACAACAACAACAACAGCAACAACAACAACAUGUUUUGAAAGGUAGAAGGAAGGAUUCGAUUGAACAAUUUAUUAGUUCGUCACAAUUGUUUUUAGACACAGGAUUGUCCCAACUCCGUUAUAUGAUUCUUGUAGAAGGACUUUCAAUUCCAGAUGGCUACGAUCAAUGUCCGUAUAGGUCAUAUGUGUGGUCUAUACUCAUUCGCACACCUACAUUUUCGACCCAAAAUUACUUGAAUUUAUUAUCUGACCUGGAGCAAAAGAUAUCUACAGAGUUAUUGAGCAAGAUAAAAAAUGACACAUUCAGAACCCUAAUGAAUGACCUGAAGUUUCAUCAAAAAGUUACAGAAGACCUGCUUGUGCGGAUACUUUCAUGCAUAGGCAUGACAACAAAGGUUGGCUAUGUUCAGGGGUUGAAUGUCUUACUUGCACCCAUUGCAUUUUGUUGUCAUAAAAGUGAGCCGCAGGCUUUUGCCAUCCUUCACACUUUAACUACCAUACAUAUUCCAUUGUAUAUAACUCCAAACUUGGAUGGUGUACACACGGGGUUGAGCUUGGUGGAUGUUGUGCUAAAGAUUAUUGAUCCUGUACUAAGCAAUUACCUUGAUUCAAAGUUUUUGAAAACGGAAAUCUUUGCUUUUCCAUCAGUAUUGACUUUGAGUGCCUGCACCCCUCCAUUGAAAGCAGUCUUGAAAUUAUGGGAUUUUUUGUUUGCAUACGGUUUCCACAUGAAUAUUUUAUUCAUUGUUGCCCAACUAAUCAUUAAUCGCCUGACAAUCUUGCAAUCCGAUCAGCCAAUGAAGAUUUUGCGAAAUUUUCCAAACUUGGAAGAAAGCGAGAUCAUAAAGUUGAGCUUAAGUUUCAUCCCAGAAUUACCAAAGGAAUUGUAUGAGCUUAUUGCACGACAUGGUUUUGACAGAUCAGUCCCCGAGAGGUUAAAAGAGUUUUUGAUUAAAAAUGGAAUGUAG